CUUCUGCCCCGCCUCGGCGGCCUACCGACGUCGUCUCGUAGUCUGCCUGCGCCUGCGCAGAGAGCGUGGCCUCUCGGGAGGGGUUAUGUGGUGGCGGCGGAGGCGGCAGCGGCUGUAGUGAGGCGCCCCACAUGGAGCCUGCGCCGGGCGCAGCAGAGGAACCUGAGCUGAGACAUGUAGAAAAAGAUGUGUUAAUUCCAAAAAUGAUGAGAGAGAAGGCCAGAGAACUAUGUUCAGAUAAAGUGCAAGCUUUUACCAAAUGCUGCCAAGAGUCUGGCUUUCUUAUGGUGGUGAAAUGUCAACAGGAAAAUGCAGCCUUGAAAGAAUGUCUAACUACCUACUAUAAUGAUCCAGCAUUUUAUGAAGAAUGCAAAAUUGAAUACUUGAAGCAAAGGGAAGAAUUCAGAGCUACUGGAAUUCCUGCUAAACAAAGACAACAGAAGCUUCCUACAAGCAUGUAGCUAAAUCCUAAAAUGAAGUUUGGAAAUUUACUUCAGUUAUCGACAUAUACAUUGAUUUGGUGGAAUAAGUACGUUAAUUGAAUAAGCAGACUCAGUUUUGUUUAAAAAAAUCAAUUUGUCUGAGGCAGGAUUUGAUUGAAAUAAAUGUAUCUCAUGUUGUAUUUUGUGUAUUAGGAAUAAACUCUUUUAUGAAUGAA